CAUAUUUACCGAGAAGGUAAUAGAGUGGCUGACUUCCUUACUUUUAAUUUGUCUCGGGAAGAUUUCUGGCUUCAUUCUAUUCCUGAGAUUUCUCAACUUGUUUAUGAGGAUGUUCAUAUACUCUCUCUUUUGUGCGUGUGGUUCAGUAGUUUGAGUUGGUUCAUGUUGCGCUUUUUCGCUCGUUCUUGGGUGCUUCAUUGGAUUUUGUUUGCUCUUCACUUUUCCUGCUCUUGCUGGGUUUUUUCGCCGCUGCUGUCCUGCGAUUUAGUAUCUUGGUUUGUUUUCUCCAUCGUUUCUUUCUUUUGGUUUUGGGCGAGUACUCUUUUUCUUCCUUUAGGUUGAUAUCCUUCAAGAAGGUUUUAAUGAAACUCGGCUGUUUUUUUCUGUAUUUUUUUCUCCUUCUUUCUUAAUAAAAUUUUCAAUUCAGCCAACAUGGAAUGUCAAUGUGCACCAAUAACAAUAGAUGGAAAUAUUAGCAAAUAAACUGUGUGCAUCAAACUGCUUUUCGCCUCCUUUUCCAAUUUCAUACCCAAACCACCCUAAAACAGACGCCCAAAGGCAAACUACAUGAAUUAGGUGUAGGUUUAAAAAAUCAUACAAAUAAUAUCAAUAGCACCAAUUGGAACAACUCAAGAGACUAAAAUUGCACCAAAAACGUCACAAACAACCUGUUAAAAUAUCAGUAAUGUAAAAAUUGAUGGAAGCUAAAAUUCUUGUCAUAUAUAGUUUUCCAAACAAGAAACAGUGGUCCAUGUUCUAACCUUGUUGCCGACUGAAAAGAGAAGGUAAAAAUCUAACAAACAAAAUCUCAAUACCACUAAUAAAUAUCCUCAUUUUCCACGUUUUGGAUGAAGCCCAGGCUAUAAAUACCAGCUCCACUCGACAUCUCUAAUUCACACAAACAAUAUCAUCAUCUUCGUUACAUAUAGGAACAUGGCGACAGCAGGAGGAAUUCACCCGAGCCAGAAAUCGCAUAACAGCAUCGAGAAAGAAGAUCUCGCUCGUUUUGGAGGAAUUCACCCGAGCCAGAAAUCGCAUAACAGCAUCGAGAUAGAAGAUCUCGCUCGUUUUGCUGUCGCUGAACAUAAUAAGAAAGAGAAUACUCUUUUGGAAUUCAAGAAGGUAAUAGAUGUGAAGGAGCAGGUGGUGGCUGGGACCAUGUAUUACAUAACACUGGUGGCUGCUGAUGGCGGGAAGGACAAAGUAUAUGAGGCCGCUGAUGGCGGGAAGGACAAAGUAUGUGAGGCUGCUGAUGGCGGGAAGGACAAAGUAUGUGAGGCUGCUGAUGGCGGGAAGGACAAAGUAUGUGAGGCUGCUGAUGGCGGGAAGGACAAAGUAUAUGAGGCCAAGGUGUUGGAGCAGUCAUGGAUGAAUAUCAAGCAACUUGAAGAAUUCAAGCUUCUGGGCGAUGCUUCAAUUUGCUCCUCUGUGCAGAAAAUCUAAACCAGAGAUGGUUUGUUAAAUAAUGUGGCUGAUGACUCGUGAAGUUAUAUUACAGUUUGUAAACAUAAAUCUGGAUGUGUUAUAGGUGUUGCUACAGUAAGAUAUACUCAUAUAUCAAUGAAAUAAAGUGAGCCAAUGAUUCUCACCUUUCUCA